AUGAAUCCAGCCGACGCCUUCAUCGAGAAGGCAGAGUUAGAUGCCACCCCUUCGCGCUUCCAACAACCACAAAAUGCGAGAGAAGAAGAGCAUGAGCCCAUAGAGCGAACCGCGACUGCAUCCUCUGCAUCUUCGUCUUCGUCCUCCACAUCCUCGUCCUCUAGAGCAGACGGAGGCAUGUCGCGCCUCCCCACCCAGAUCGAUGAAGUCGCAGAUCUCGAGUGCCACCGAACCGCCAUCAGCCGGAUACAGACACAGAGGAGUCAACACAGCGCGACAGUGGGCGCGGGCAUAAAGACCAGGCCAUCCAGGAGACCGCUCCCGGCUAUGGGAGCAGGGAAGCCGUAUCCGCCACCAUUGCCUGAGAGGGAGGAAUAUGUAGUCGAAUUCGAUGGAGUGGACGACCCAUUGCAUGCGCAGAACUGGACGCUGAAGAAGAAGCUUUUCACUGCGGCCAUAUUAGGCUUCACGACGUUCUGCUCUGCGUUUGGCAGUUCAAUCUUCAGCGCAGCGACGCGAGUGGUGGCGCACCAGUAUCAUGUGGGAUUGACAGUCGGCGUGCUAGGCACGUCCUUCUACGUCCUGGGUUUCGCAACGGGUCCCAUCUUCUGGGCGCCGUUCUCAGAGCUGAAGGGGCGACGACUACCCCUUGUUAUAGCUUCCUUUGGGUUCUCCAUAUUCAGCGUGGCCGUUGCUGUGGGCAAGGACCUGCAGACAAUUCUGAUAUGUCGGUUCUGGGGUGGCUUCUUUGGAGCAUGUCCUCUGACUUGCGUGGCUGCCGUCUUCUCCGACAUGUUUGACAACCGCACGCGAGGCAUGGCCAUCACCAUCUUCUCUAUGACCGUUUUUACGGGCCCUCUGCUUGCACCUUUUAUCGGAGGAUUCAUCGUGAUGUCUGAUCUGGGCUGGCGCUGGACCGAAUACCUCGUUGCGAUCCUCGGUUUCACUGCGUUCGGCCUCAACUUCUUCUUCCUCAGCGAGUCAUAUCCGCCUGAGAUCCUCGUCGCAAAAGCUGCUGAGUUACGUCGCCGAACCAAGAACUGGGGCAUCCAUGCCAAGCAGGAGGAAAUCGAAAUCGACUUCCGCGAGCUUCUGGAGAAGAACUUCAGCAGACCCAUCAGGAUGUUAAUUACUGAGCCGAUUGUGCUGCUACUUUCAAUUUACAUGGCUUUCAUCUACGGUCUUUUAUAUCUCUUCCUUACCGCAUACCCACUCGUCUUCCAGGGCGUGCACCAUAUGAAUCUAGGUGUCGGCGGCCUGCCAUUCUUCGGCAUGGUCACGGGUCAACUACUAGCCGGCACACUCAUCUUCAUCCGACAACCCGGGUACCAGAAAAAGCUCGCCGCAAACAACAACAUCCCAAUACCGGAAUGGCGCCUUCCAGAAGUUAUCGCCGGAGGCAUCUGCUUCGCAGCGGGGAUAUUCUGGUUCGGCUGGACGGGAUAUACUGCCUCGAUCCCCUGGAUCGUUCCCACCCUGUCAGGCCUCUUGAUCGGGUUCGGCUUGCUGAGUAUCUUCCUGCAAGCGCUGAACUACUUGGUCGAUGCCUAUCUUAUGUUCGCCGCCUCGGCCAUCGCAGCAAACACCUUCCUCCGCAGUCUAUGCGGCGCCGCAUUCCCCCUCUUCGCGCAGCAAAUGUUCAACGGCAUGGGCAUCCAGUGGGCAGCCACGCUUCUAGGCUGCGUCGCCGCGGUGCUCAUCCCCGUCCCUGUAUGGUUCUACCUUCGAGGAGCCAAGAUUAGGGAGAAGAGCGCGUACGCCCCGACGUUUCCUAAACCUCAGGAGGCGACGGUUUGA